AUGGAAACUGCGCGCCCUCCGUCGCCUUCCCCGGCAGCACCUGCCGCGGGGGAGGCACCCGUUGCGCAGGAGGCAGCGGCGGACCUGCCAUCGUACAACGGCCCCCGAAUUACAAACACUGACGCUCCUCCUACUACUUCACAACCACCUGAGCUUGACCAAAACAAUAAAACUUACCACCGCUUCUCGGACGACUACGACGAGGACCAUCACAGCUACACCUACUCUAAAGAGGGGAACCAGGACGCAUCCUCGAUUUGUUCCUUUGAAGAAGAAGAGGACGGCAACUGGGAAAGAGACCCUAAGGAGGACGACACCAUGGGCGGCUCACGACGUCCUCACAACCAACGCCGCCGCACCCAGACCGAUCUGACUGGCGUCUUUUCCAUUGAGGAGAAGAAUGAGACCAUUAAGCUAGUCUCCGACAUCCUGGACAACAUGAAGAAUCGGAUCAGUAACAUCUUCCACUCCCCUCCAAUCACCCCAGCAUCGACUGAGAACCCCCAACACUCGUGGCUUUCGCUCUCACUUCUGAAGGGCAAGAGCCUUAAGAACCAGGACAAUAAAUCCAGCUCAUCAUCUGCGGGCCAAGAGAACGCUGGCAACACAUACUACAAGGCCCACGAGAUUGUCGAGAAGGAAGAAAAAGAGGCUAUGACGCCCCAGCUACAAGAGCUCAAGAAAGAGUGUCUUGUUGUCUUCAGCAAGUGGCAAAGCAAUGUCUUGCUGCGUGCAAAGGACAUCUCAGUCAAGGACCCUGCCUCUUCAGAGACCACUGCUGGCCGUGGUGGUCGAGGUGGAAGGGGAUCACACGGCAGUCGUGGUGAUCGUGGCGCACCCCAGGGAGGUCGCGGCACGCCACGCGGACGUGGUAGAGGUGGCCAGCUUAGCGUCAAUACUGGAAGAUCGUCCCUAACCAAUGUAGGCUCACCAGCUAGCCGUCAGGCUGAGGCUGACCCCUGGCUCAUACGGCGAUAUCCUCCGACUUCUACAACACUGUCUUCUCUUCCAGUUGAACGACGCAAGCUCAUCCUUCACACAGUCCUUCUUCUAUUGCUGUCAUUGGAACAGUAUACUGCAUUCUCCCGCGUUUUCAUGCUCCACCUGACCUCAUCCCUUCACCUAACACUCCGCAUCUUUCAGGAGGAUGAGGUUCGAGUUGCGCGAGGCCUUGGCAAGACCGUUCAAGAGGUCACCGCCGACGAAGUCAUGGAGGACAAGGCGGCAGAGAACAAGACUUCUAGACGGUGGAAGGUCGGCCUCGCCGGAGCUGCAGGUGCUGCUAUCAUCGGUGUGACUGGAGGACUUGCUGCUCCCUUGGUUGCUGCUGGUAUUGGCACCGUUAUGGGUGGUGUUGGACUGGGCACUACUGCAGCCGCUGGCCUGCUUGGAACCCUUGCCCAGAGUGGCGUUGUUGUUGGCAGCUUGUUCGGUAUUUAUGGUGCCCGUCAGACAUCCAAGAUGAUGGACCAGUAUGCCAGAGAUGUUGCUGACUUCGCUUUUCUACCUUUGCACGGCGACAUGAAGGCUGAGUAUCGCGACGCUAAGGAGAUCCCACCCAAGGAUCGACGCCUUCGUGUGGUCCUCGCCCUCAGUGGCUGGCUAACUCAGAAGGAAGAUGUGAUAAACCCCUGGCGCUGCAUUGGCCACCAAGGCGAAGUGUACGCCGUCAGAUGGGAGGUUGCCAAUCUCAUGAACAUGGGAAAUUCGCUCGAGACUGUCAUCAAGAGCACCGCCUGGGGUGUUGCCAAGAAGGAAAUAAUCACGCGGACUAUCUUUGCCAGCCUCAUGUCAGCCAUGUGGCCCAUCGGCCUACUCAAGGUCAGUAAGGUCAUCGACAACCCCUGGAGCGUCGGCAUGGUCCGAGCAGAGAAGGUUGGUAUGAUUUUGGCGGAAGCUAUCAGCAGGAAGGUUCAAGGUGACCGCCCAGUCAGCCUCAUCGGCUACAGUCUGGCUGCUCGAGCGAUCUACACCUGUUUGAUGGUGCUUGCAGAGCGUCGACAGUUUGGCCUCAUCGACUCGGUCGUCAUGAUCGGCACUCCAGCUCCAUCUGAGAGUCGUGUGUGGCUCGCGCUGAAGAGCGUCGUUGCAGGCAGACUUGUUAAUGUGUACUCGGAGAACGAUUACAUCCUUGGUUUCUUGUACCGGACUUCCAACUUGCAAUUCGGUGUCGCAGGUUUGCAACCAAUCCAGGGCGCCGAUGGUGUCGAGAACUACGACGUGAGCAACAUGGUUAGCGGCCACUUGAGAUACCAAUACAUGAUCGGUACCAUUCUCAAGAACAUCGGCUGGGAGGACCUUGACUACGCGCAGAUCUCUAGAGAUGAAGAGACUCUUCAUCUCAUGGACGAGAAAUACGGCCGAGACAAAAGCCAGAAGCCGACCUAUAUUGACCCGGACAAGGAAGUCGCGCAGAUUCAGGAGGAAGUCAAGCACAAAAAUGAUACUAAACUCGAAUCGCGAAUGGGCGAGAUGAAGAUCCAGAACUAG